CAACCUCUAAAUUUCUACCUCCCAUAAUUUUGUUGUUUGCUUUUCUUUUCUUCUCCCUAGAUUAGAUUCUCAAAUGUGUCAAUUGAAGCAGGUUGGAAACAAAAUUAUGAGUCUUGUCCUUCUAAUAUGUGUGAUCAUUUUAGCAGGUUUUGAAGUUGAAGCACUAUCCUAUGAUUACUCUGCCAGCAUUGAAUGUUUGGCAAAUCCACAAAAGCCUCAGUACAAUGGAGGAAUCAUCCAAAACCCAGAACUGAAUGAUGGACUCAAAGGGUGGACUGCAUUUAGGGGUGCAAAAAUAGAACAUAGAGAAUCAUCAAACAACAAAUAUGUGGUAGCCCAUAGCAGAAAUCAAACACAUGAUAGUGUUUCUCAGAAGAUUUACUUGCAAAAGGAUAACCAUUAUACCUUAUCAGCUUGGAUACAAGUGAGUGAUGGAAAAGUUCCAGUAAGAGCAUUUGUCAAAACAACUGAAGGACUCAAAUUUGCUGGUGCCACUUUUGCUGAGUCUAAUUGUUGGUCUAUGCUUAAGGGUGGUCUCACAGCAAAUACAUCAGGAACUGCUGAGCUUUAUUUUGAGAGCGAAAACACUUCAGUGGAAAUUUGGAUUGAUAGCAUUUCCUUGCAACCUUUCACACAAAAGCAAUGGAGUUCUCAUCAACAUCAAAGCACUGAGAAGGCUCGCAAGAGCAAGGUAUUAGUCCAAGCAAUUGAUGAACAAGGAAAUCCUUUACCAAAUGCAAGCAUACACAUUACACAAAAGAGGUUAGGUUUUCCAUUUGGGAGUGCCAUUAACCACAGCAUCCUGAACAAUGGGGCAUAUCAAAAUUGGUUCACCUCAAGGUUCACAGUGACCACAUUUGAGAAUGAAAUGAAGUGGUACAUGACAGAAACAACACAAGGCAAGCCUAACUACUAUUAUGCUGAUGCCAUGUUAAAGUUUGCCAAGCAACACAACAUCGCGGUUCGCGGCCACAACAUUUUCUGGGAUGAUCCUCAAUUCCAACCUGGUUGGCUUUCUUCACUCUCACCAUUCCAACUCAAAUCAGCAGUGAGAAACAGGAUCAAUUCCCUUGUGUAUAAAUACAGGGGCCAACUCAUUGGUUGGGAUGUUGUGAAUGAAAAUAUGCACAAUUCAUUGUUUGAAAGCAAACUUGGACAAACUUUUUCAGCCCAGACUUUCAAAGUGGUUCAUUUUAUUGAUGGCCAUACCACUUUGUUUUUAAAUGAAUAUAACACCAUUGAGGACCAGAGAGAUGGUGCAGCAAACCCUGCAAGGUACCUCCAGAAGAUCAAAGAGAUCCAAAGUUAUCCGGGAAAUAAAGGAUUGCCUCUUGGAAUUGGAUUGGAGUCUCAUUUCCCUGAAUUCCCUCCAAACAUGCCUUACAUGAGAGCUUCCAUUGAUACUCUUGCAGCCACUGGUUUACCUAUUUGGAUCACAGAACUAGAUGUAAAAAACCAGAAUGGACAGGCAGGAGUUCUUGAGCAGGUUCUAAGAGAAAUACACUCUCACCCUGCGAUUCGAGGCAUUGUAAUGUGGACAGCAUGGUCGCCACAAGGUUGCUAUACAAUGUGCUUAACAGAUAACAAUUUCAAAAACUUGCCAACAGGGAAUGUUGUGGACAAGCUUCUUCAUGAGUGGGGUUGGUCGAAAACGUUAUCAGGGACAACAGACCAGAAUGGGAACCUUGAGGUGUCACUUUUUCAUGGAGAUUAUGAAGUGGAAAUUAGUCACCCUGCUAAGAAGAAUUAUACUCUCACUCAUCAUGUUCAAGUAGUUCCAAAUGAUGAGUCUGGGAAAUCAUCUCAAUUUGUACAACUUUCUAUGUAGUUCAUUUAUUUUGUAGGUUAGAGUUGUGGUUCAAAAUGGGAACCAUAAACUUAUGACAAAAUGUUUUAAAAAUUGGAUUGAUUAUGUGAUUUACAGUUUAAAAAAAAAUAGUUCAGUCAUGUUUAAA